GUGCCCCGCCCGCCCGGGGAGCAUCGCAGCCGCCGCCGCCCAGAUGCGGGGAGCCCGCGAGGCGGCUGCUGGCGGUUCUGCAGCGCUGGGUUGGCCGGGGGCCCGCUGCAUGGACACCCGGGCCAGGUCCUCGCGGGGCGCGGUGCCUCCUCCUCCCGGACGGCGGCAGCAACAGCAGCAGCAGCAGCAGCAGCAGCGGCGGCGGCGGCGCCAGGAGCGGCCGGGAGGCGACGCGAUGGGGCCCCUCCGAGACAGCAAGAAGGAGCAGAGGGGGCAGCAUCAGGAGAAGGAGAUCUCCAGAAGCCGAAUUCCCCGUCUGAUUCUUCGACCCCACCUGCCCCUGCAACAGCAGAAAGUGUCCCCAACCUCUGAGUCUCCCUUCUCUGAGGAAGAGAGCAAAGAGUUCAACCCCAGCUCUGGGCGCUCGGCGAGGACCAUCAGCAGCAACAGUUUCUGUUCAGAUGACACAGGCUGUCCAAGUAGCCAGUCAGUGUCUCCUGUGAAGACGCCCCCUGAUACUGGAAGCAUCGCUGUUGGAUUUUGCGCUGAAAAUGAUGAAGAUUUUAUCAGAAAGAAAUGCACCAUUGCAAUGGCUGGUGAGGGAGGUAUUCAAUCAACUCGACAUAAGAAGGACUCAAAGUCAGGCCUUAUAAAGCCAGGUAGUGAAGCGGAUUUCAGCUCCUCCAGCAGCACUGGCAGCAUUUCUGCUCCGGAGGUCCAUAUGUCGGCGGCGGGGAGCAAGCGGGCAUCCUUCCCACGCAACCGAGGUCCCCAUGGGCGGAGUAAUGGAGUGUCAUCGCACAAGUCUGGGAACAGCCCCCCAUCCCCCCGGGAGAAGGACCCUCUCUCCGUGCUCUGCAGGAACCAGCUGAAUCCUCUCCACCUGCAUCCCAGUUACGCACCUUCUUCUCCAAGUAGCAGUAACUCCGGUUCCUACAAAGGAAGUGACUGUAGCCCCGUGAUGCGGCGGCCCGGAAGGUACCUGUCCUGUGGUGAAAAUCAUGGGGUCAAGCCCCCGAGUCCUGAGCAGUAUUUGACUCCUCUGCAGCAGAAGGAGGUGACGGUGAGACACCUCAAGACCAAGCUGAAGGAAUCCGAGCGCCGUCUUCAUGAGAGGGAAUCUGAGAUUGUGGAGCUGAAGUCGCAGCUGGCCAGGAUGAGGGAAGACUGGAUCGAGGAAGAGUGCCACCGGGUGGAGGCCCAGCUGGCCCUCAAGGAAGCCAGGAAAGAGAUCAAGCAGCUCAAGCAGGUCAUCGAGUCCAUGAGGAGCAGCCUGGCAGACAACGACAAGGGCAUUCAGAAGUACUUCCUGGACAUCAACAUCCAGAACAAGAAGCUGGAGUCUCUCCUUCAGAGCAUGGAGAUGGCGCACAGCGGCUCCCUGAGGGACGAACUGUGUCUCGACUUUCCCUGUGACUCCCCAGAGACCAGCUUAGCCCUGAACACCCCUUUUGACAAGAGGGCAGAUGGGGUGACGCUGGAGGAGACGGUGGCCGAGGAAGCGGCCGACAGCGAGCUGCUGCUGGGAGACAGCUUGGCUGAUGGCACAGAUUUGUUUGAGGAGAUGAGAGAGACCCACGAGGGGGACUUACUUCACUCCACCCCAGAGGCCAAGGGCCGGGAGGGCCUCCCUGGGGAGGGAGAGCCGCAGGAGGUCCGCACAGGGGUGGAACGAGCCGUGCAGACAGACGUGGUGCCCUACGGCCUGGCCAUCUCAGACUUUAUCCAGCACAUGCUCCGAUUCCAGAACCCAGGUCCCUCCCGCCCGGCCACCCUGGGAGAGCUUGGGCCUGACUGCCCCGCAGACACCCCACACCCCAUCUCUGCACUUCUGCUGGAUCUGACAACGAACACCCCAGACUCAGCCCGGCUCUUGUCUCCCGUGGAGACCCCGGGCCUCCUCGAGGCAGCUCUGGAAGCUCCCGAGAACCAUCUCAUGAGCUUGGAGCUGGAUUUUGCAGGCCCCGCCAAGGAGAGGUUGGACGGCGCCAGCCCACCCGCCCUGUCGCGUCCCGGGGACGUGGCCAGGCAGUACUGGAGCAGCAGCUUCUUGGUGGAUCUGCUGGCCGUGGCUGCCCCCGCGGUCCCCACGGUCCUGUGGGCCUUCAGUACUCAGAGGGGAGGGGUCGAUCCCAUCUACAACAUCGGGGCCUUGCUCCGGGGCUGCUGCGUGCUGGCCCUGCACUCGCUCCGCCGCACCGCCUGCCACGUCAAAAGCUGAAGGGUAGCAGUCGCUUCCCUGUGCCAAUCAGUCCCCGUGUGGCGUGGUGCCAGGUGGAGAAACAGCACCCCAUUCACCCCUCCCCCACCCUACCUCCAGCCCCCCCACCCCCACCCCCAGCGGCAGUGUCUGUUCUGUCGAUUUGCUCCCCCCGUGUUGGAUUUGCACUAUGUUUAGUUGAAGCCUGUUUGCUGUUUAGAACCAGAGGAAUCUUCCAGGCGUCCUGCCCGUGUGUAAAGAAAGCAUGCAUAGGACCCUGCCGCGUCGUCCGAAGUUCCUGUUCUCCUCCUCCGUGGUACAGGAAGAGAAAAUGCCAAGUUUGCACUCUCGGGACAGCUUCUGUAAGGCUGGCAUGCUUUGUCCUUGCUUCUGCUUCGUGCCGUUUCCCCGUGUGUGAUGGUUCCAGCAUUCCGAUGGUCUUGCGCAUAGCAGGGGACUGUAACCAAAAAUUCAGAUGUACUUGUGAAAUGGGUUUGAAAAAAAAAAAUCUUUGAAUAGCACUUUUAGUCUCUUCAUGGAUUUGAUAAGGGUUGAGUGUUUGAAGUUUUUUACUUAAUGUAGCUCCAAAGUCUUCAAUGGCUUGUUUGUUCUUAAACCAGUUCCUUGGUGAAAUCGUAAGUUUACAAUGUAUUAACUUAUUUUUUGCUUAUUAUAGAGAGUGCUAUAGAGUGUUUUAUUGGAGACUGUUCGUAACCACAACUUCAGCAUGAUGAGAAGAAAGAUUAGUGUUUCCACUUAAAUAAAUGUUUUAUCCUCCUAUAUAAU